AUGCAGCAGCCAGCAGGAUCCACGCUGAUGGAGGAAAUCAUUUUCCUACCGGAGGAGGUGGAAAAGACCCUGGUGAGUUCAGAUAGGAGAAAAGCGGCGGGACCGGACGAAAUCCACCCGGCACUGCUUGGGCCUCUAGGGAGUAUCCUGGCAGCCCCGUUAGCUCGCCUCUUCAAUCUAUCCAUGGCGACAGCCACAUUGCCNACAGCCACGUUGCCACAGGACUGGAAAGUAGCUACUGUGGCCCCCAUCCACAAAGGGGGUGACAGGGAGCUAGCCACUAACUAUAGGCCCGUUAGCUUAUUAUCCGUGGUCCUAAAGGUCAUGGAAAGACCAAUCAGGGAUAAGAUGGCCAGGUACCUCACCCAAUACGACCUGCUCGCGAAGCCUCAGCACGGGUUUCGUCAAGGCCGUUCGUGCCUCACAAUCCGAUUCCGUUCUCAUCCGACUCAAAUGGCUCAACUCCGUGGCACAUGCUAA